AAUUAUGAGUCGAAGAAAUUCCUCAUCGUCUUCGCAGUUUUAUGCUUUAUCUCGUGUCUCUAUGUAGCAAAUCCAUGGCCACGUGCAGCUCGUGAUCGAUCCAUCCUUCUUCCCCCAUCUAGCCUGUCUCCCCCCGCGUACGUUAGCCACCUCGACUUUUGAGUACUCUUCUCAUGCGAACCAGCAGCGUCUUCCAUACUGAUCUUCACUUCCCCUGUGAAACUAUAUUUUCCCCAAAUUCGAAACCCUAAUUCCUCUAUACUCUUAAUAACUUGUACUUCACUGAAUUCGUUGUAUUUUUCUUUUGCUGUGAAUAAAAGAAGAUGAUGGGCUCUGAGAAUAACCAGGGCUUUGAAGACGCCCAACUCUAUGCCUCGCGAGAAGAAAUGGAAAAUCUCGUCCUCCAGGACGAGCCAUUGACCAGCGACAGUAACGGCAAGUCUUAUGGCAGUUACCGGAGCGCCGCGUCUUCACUCGCCGAGACUCACCACCCGCUAUCGCCUCCCAUCCUCGUCGGUCCCGCUGACUCUGAUCCCUUGUUAUCGCCCUCACCAUACGGCGAUCUCCGCGACCAUAGCGCCCACCAUCACGACGGCUCUUACAUCGAGCCCCCUUCUUAUGCCGACGUCAUAUUCAGCCCGUUCGACGAGAGUUCCGCCGGCGAGAUCAACGGCUCCGAUAGCCCUGUUCAGUCGUCGGACUCGCCAUUUUCCCUUUCGAGGUCGCCGUCUUCGAGCUCGAAUUACUUGAAGAUCACGGUUUCGAAUCCACAAAAGGAGCAGGAAACUACGAACUCGAUCGUCCCCGGUGGGAACACCUAUGUGACAUACCUAAUCACGACAAGGACGAACAUUCCAGAGUUUGGCGGAUCCGAAUUCAGCGUGAGGAGGCGGUUCCGGGACGUGGUGACUCUGUCAGAUCGGCUGGCCGAAUCGUACCGAGGGUUCUGUAUUCCACCUCGACCUGAUAAGAAUGUCGUGGAGAGUCAGGUGAUGCAGAAGCAGGAGUUCGUAGAGCAGAGGAGGGUAGCAUUGGAGAAGUAUCUGAGGAGGCUCGCGGCUCACCCUGUGAUCGGGAAGAGCGACGAGCUAAAGGUCUUUUUGCAGGUGCAGGGGAAGCUGCCGCUUCCCACGAGCACGGACGUGGCCUCAAGGAUGCUAGAUGGCGCGGUGAAGCUGCCAAAGCAACUUUUCGGAGAGAGCACUGCUGUUGUGGCGCCCCACGAGGUUGUGCAGCCCGCCAAAGGGGGCAGGGACUUACUCCGUUUGUUCAAGGAGUUGAAGCAAUCGGUUGCAAAUGAUUGGGGCGGGACAAAACCCCCUGUUGUUGAGGAAGAUAAAGAAUUUUUGGAGAAGAAAGAGAGGAUGCAUGAUCUUGAGCAACAACUCAGCAAUGCUUCUCAGCAGGCUGAAUCAUUGGUGAAAGCACAGCAAGACAUGGGGGAGACAAUGGGAGAGUUAGGACUAGCUUUUAUUAAACUGACAAAGUUUGAGAACGAGGAGGCUAUGUUCAACUCUCAGAGAGUUCGUGCUGCUGAUAUGAAGAGUUUGGCCACAGCAGCUGUUAAAGCGAGCAGAUUUUACCGAGAACUGAAUGCCCAGACCGUGAAACAUUUGGACACUCUCCAUGAAUAUCUUGGUUUAAUGCUAGCUGUCCAUGGUGCAUUUUCGGAUCGCUCCAGUGCUUUAUUGACAGUGCAGACGCUUCUAUCAGAACUGUCUUCAUUGCAUUCAAGGGCUGAAAAACUUGAAGCGGCAUCUUCAAAAAUUUUUGGUGGUGACAAGUCAAGGAUUCGCAAAAUAGAGGAGCUCAAAGAAACUAUCAGGAUUACAGAGGAUGCCAAAAAUGUUGCCAUUAGAGAAUAUGAGCGGAUCAAGGAAAAUAACAGGACUGAACUUGAGAGGCUUGACAAGGAAAGACAUUCUGAUUUCCUGAAUAUGUUGAAGGGUUUUGUAGUUAAUCAGGUGGGAUAUGCUGAGAAAAUUGCAAAUGUUUGGGGGAAGGUUGCAGAGGAAACUAGCGGAUAUGCUAGAGAGAGCAGUUAAUUGCUUUGUUGUAUAUUCAAACUCUCAGCUUCUUCUUCUUCUUCUUCUUCUUCUUCUUCUUCUUCGCUUUGAUCCUUUUUUUUUGUUUUGUUUUUAAUUUUCUUUUGAUCAAUAGAAUUAUAUUCAUAAUAAUGAGGAAAAUUGAGCUAUUAGUAGGUUUUAAGUUUCAGAUAAAGUUGUAUUUUGGUAGAAAAUUGUUAGUUACACGGCCUUGAAAACUUUCGGUUAAUAUUUGUAAAUCAAUUGGUUGCUACAUGUUUGGUAACUGGGAAACUUUUAACUGAGCAAUAGCUGAUUUCAUGGUGGAGAUACAGAAA